AGAGAAGAUCCGAUCUCAGUAUAAAGGAGAGCCAAUCUCGCUUUUGGGAACAACAACAUUCUUUUUAUAGUUAUUUAAUCAAUAAUUUAACUAAAAAGAAAAAAGCAUGACUGUUAAUUUAAAACAAACCUUGUUUGGUACAUCCCCAGCAAAUGUGUAAAGCAAAUUUGUGAAUAUGUCGAACAUUCAAGAAAAAACCAAUGCAUACACAUAAAUUAUAUUAGAUGGAGAAGGGCCGGCACUUACUUUAUACCACUACAGGAAUCUUAAAGUGGAAUAAACAAAACAACUCGCAUUAAUAGUACUCUCGGCUAGUAAUCAUCCUGGUGGACGCUAUUUGUAUGUUUUAGUCAUCGGUUUAGAAGAGAUAUGUUUCACCUGAUUCGUGUAAAUACUACACAUUUCUAAACACUAGGGAAGUGAUUUCAAAGGGCAUAUCAAAAGUCUUAAAAUUGAACAUUUCUUCGAACGAUUGCCACAAAUAUACGAAGUUUGAUUUUUUAUGUUCUUUACUUUCAUUAUAGAAUAUACAAUGUACAUAUGUUCCCACAUUAAAGCGAUAGCGAAAACUUAUCGAUUGAGAUCACUUGCGAGUUACUGAUUUAAAAUAUCAGUAUAUAUAUAUUCACUGUUUCCACGGAUACAAGCCGUUUGUAUCAAAAGCAAAAUAAUUAGUCAAGAAAAAUAUAAUAUUUCUACCGAGCACUUCCACCAGCUGUGUAACGGAUGUCUUAAAGUGCUUUUUAAAUGGAUUUAAAUGAAAAUUUUAAAAUGGCUUCUAUAUCUGUGGCUCACUUUGAUAGGAUGGAAAACUGCCAAACGUCUCAAAGGUCAAAUCACGUAAGCUCCGUUUUGCUGUACGGAGUGCAGAUUGUAUCCCUGCACAUUGAAGGUCAAGAGCGCCUUUGCUUGGCGCAAAUUUCAAAUACAUUACUAAAACAAUUCAGUUACAACGAGAUACACAACAGGAGAGUUGCUCUUGGCAUUACUUGUGUACAAUGUACACCCGUGCAAUUGGAAAUAUUGAGAAGAGCUGGCGCCAUGCCAGUGAGUUCCCGACGAUGUGGCAUGAUUACCCGCAGGGAAGCGGAGCGUCUAUGCAAAAGUUUCUUGGGCGACAAUACACCACCACGACUACCUGACGACUUUGCGUUUAACGUCCAGCACAAAUGUGCUUGGGGCUGCCGCGGAUCCUUUCUACCCUCGCGUUACAACUCAUCAAGGGCUAAGUGCAUUAAGUGUUCAUAUUGCGGAAUGUUUUUCUCGCCCAAUAAAUUUAUUUUUCACUCACAUCGCAUAACAACUAAUGACAGGUACGUUCAGCCUGAUGCAGCGAACUUUAAUUCCUGGCGUCGACACAUGUCUCUGAGUGGAAAUGAUUACGAUGAGAAAAUAAUUCAUGCAUGGGAAGAUGUCAAGGCCAUGUUUAAUGGCGGCACAAGAAAGCGGCUUGUUGGCAGCAGCAUUAACCCUCGAAGUCCUGGCUCACCAACACAAUCCACUGCGGUAAGUUCCGGAGUUGGCAGCAGUUCCUGUGGCUCCCCAACGAGUUUCGAAAGAGAUACCAAUGAAGUCGACGGGAAAUCGGGGUCCUCGCUCCCACAACGCUCGCAGAUCGACAGCCAGUACAACUACGGAACAGUAGCUGCAGCCGCUGCUGUAGUUGGAGUAACGGCGGUAGCAGCUGCAACAGUCGGUGUUCCCUUUAACUUACAUGGCUCAACCGUCUUAUCACCUUUGCAUUCCCUUCGCAAUGAACGUGAUCUUUCUAUAAUGCCAAUUUCCAGGAACUUUGUAGUGGACUACAUGUGGCAGCAGAAGGACCAACAUUAUCAGCAGCCUUACGCAAGAAAAAUCCCUAGCGGCGACAACAGCGACUCUAGCCUAGACUUCGAUUCCUGGGUUAAACCAGACUCAAACAAUCCAAUACCGAAUGCGAAUUCAGUUCGAACUUCGGAUAAUUGUUCUUUUAAUAUUAAAAACGAGUCCCAUUCCUCAAUUUAUGGCAUUAUAAAGAACCAUAAGCUCUCUGGAGUGCCAAACAGCGGGCUUAACCUGUCCGAUUAUAACAUUCCUUCCAUUCUUAAUUGCUCUGCGUUUAAACCAGUCGUCGCUUCGACAGCGAUUGUGUCAACUUCCCUGUACACAAGAUCCAAUGAAUCAACACGAACUGACUGUAACAACCCAGCACAAUCUACAAGAACCACAACGGUUCUAACGCACAAUAGUAUUUCAGCCUCUUCCCACCAGAUAGUGGGUCAUAAGACUUUUUCGCCAAUUUUAGGAAAAAUUCAUUCUAAUCCGGAGAAGAAUAGAAUAGUAUCUGUUUUCGCAAGUAGUUCGACUGGAAAUGCAGAUGAUAAUGAUGAUGACGACGAAGUAGUAGACAUCGAAACAACUGAAGAUGAAGGGAAAUUCACAGUUCAACACGCUGACAGCCCCAAAACACAAUACGACGCUAUUAGCGGAAGCGACAGUCCCAGCCGUUCUCCGUCUACAAGUACAAAUAUAGAUGUAGAGCAAGAUGUCGAUGUAGAUAUUAUUACAACAGACACUGAGGACCAACUAGAGUUAAGUGUCGGCCGGUACUCAACUGAGAACACAAGUCAUUCCUUAUCAUUUUUCCAAGCUGAGAAAAUACAAAUUUCAGAUUUAUCUCCCAAUACAAAAACGUCGAGCGGCGAUAAUGAAACUAACACUUUAAAGGACGCAAAAGGAAUAAAUGGAAAUUUACAAAUUUUAGCUCGACGAAAAAGAAACAAACUUCAAAAAGAUCGAUGUCUUUCCAAGCGAACGGUAUCAAAAUGUGUUAGUGACAAAUCGCUUAUAAAGGGCUUAGCUGCUAAUGAAUUAUCAUCCAGCUUGCAAAUUCAGCAGCAUGUUGCCUUCCCUGUAUUUUUAAAAUCACAAUUGCACUCUCUUCGUCCGCAACAAGCUCAGCAGGUGGUAUCCCUGACCACCAACUCUGUGGCGGAGUCCAAUAAGUGGAGUUAUCCAGUCGGCAACAUUGAACCAUUAUGUUGUUAUCAAACUUCUGGAAAUAAAAAUAGUCUAGUCUAGUUUUUGAAGAAAUAUAAAAUCACUUACAAGUAAG